AUGUCAGGCCUCAAAGUCCUCGUGUCGGGAGCCUCAAUCGCAGGACCUGCGACAGCCUACUGGCUCGCAAAGGCUGGCGCAAAGGUCACAGUAAUUGAACGCUUUCCCGCUCUGCGUACCGGCGGACAAGCCGUCGACAUUCGCACCGCUGGCGUCUCGGUCAUGCGAAAGAUGGCUGGCUUGGAAGCUGCCGUGAGAGCCAAGUCGACGCAAGAAGAAGGGAUCAGCUUUGUCCGCGAAGAUGGAACGCCUUACGGAGUUAUCAGACCAACUGGGAACCCGGACCAACAGUCGCUUGUCUCGGAGUACGAGAUCUUACGCGGGGAUUUGUCCAAGAUUCUGUUCGAUAUGACGAAGGACAACAAGAACAUCAACUACAUAUUUGAUGAGCAGAUAGCGUCAAUGCAGCAGAGUGAAAAGAUUGCCGGUCCUAUCACAGUCACGUUUGCAAAUGAUGCGGAAGCCUCGGAGUACGACUUGGUAAUCGCUUGCGAUGGCGCGACGUCGAGAACGCGUGCAUUGGGACUAGGAUGUAAUGUUGGCGAUCACAUCGUCUCAACCAACUGCUGGUCGGCCUAUUUCUCGAUACCUCAAGAUAUCCUCGGUGGAAGCAAGAUUGGACAGGGAUUCAACGCAGUGAGAGGGCGGAAUAUCAGCAUUGGAACGGAUCAAGCAGGCUUCAGUCGCGUCUUGCUUAUGUGCAUGAACCCGAGAAGUAAGUCAGAGAGCGCGGACGCGUUUCGGGAGGCUUCAGUCAAAGGGAACGACGCGCUCAAGAAGUACAUCGCGCAGCAUUACAGUGACGUAGGAUGGAAAAGCAGUAUCGCUGUCAAGGAAAUGAUGAAUUCCGACGACUUUUACGCGAGUGAAAUUGUACAGGUCAAAACACCGACAUUGUCCAAGGGACGGUUUGUCUUGGUUGGCGAUGCAGGAUACGCAGCAGGCCUCACAGGUGGCGGAACCAGCCUCGCCCUUGCAGGCGCCUACAUCUUGGCAGGAGAGCUGAGCAAACACAAGGGAGACAUCACAGCUGGUCUUGAGGGUUAUGAGCAGCAGAUCAGGCCUCUGAUCAACAAGAUGCAGGUGAUUCCUCCGCUGAUCACGACAAUUCUGGCGCCGCAGACAGCUUGGGGCAUUUGGCUGCGCAACAAUAUUUUUGCCUUUGUCGCGUGGACGAGGCUCGUCGAGCUCGCUCAGCGGUACAUUGGGGCCGGCUUUGGCGAUGCGAGGGCAUUUCCAAUUCCAGAGUAUGAUUGGGAGAAUUGA